AUGCAGCUCAAGACCCUCCUCUUCUCCCUGCUCGCCUCUUCGGCAGCAGCCAAGCGUAGCUGCGGUACCCCCAACGCUACCGAGGAGCAGAUCCAGAUCGCUCAGAACCUCCAGAUCCUCGAGGCAGAGGCUGGUUUCGCCGAGUCGGAUCUUGCUGCUGCUGCCACCAUCAAUAUCAACGUCUACUGGCACGUCACUGCCACCGCUCAGACCGUUGCUGGUGGCUACCUUACCCAGGCGACUCUCACCAAGCAGCUUGCUGUGCUGAACACCGCGUAUGCCCCUCACGGCAUCUCGUUCACUCAGGCUGGCGUAGACUGGACCAUCAAUGCCAACUACGCCAACGACAAGGCCGAGCUGGCCAUGAAGAAGGCGCUCCGCAAGGGAACCUACGCCGACUUGAACGUCUACUUCACCCCCGGCACACAGUACCUCGGAUACGCCUACUUCCCCCAGGCCGUCACCUCUGGCUCCACCGCCUUCUACCAGGACGGUGUCGUCAUUCGCUCCUCCACAGUCCCCGGCGGCAGCGAGACCUCUUACAACCUCGGCCACACAGCCACCCACGAGAUCGGUCACUGGCUCGGUCUGUACCACACUUUCCAGGGCGGCUGCACGGGCUCUGGGGACUACGUUUCCGAUACCCCUGCUGAGGCUUCGGAGUCGUAUGGUUGUGCGACUACCCGCGAUUCUUGCCCCAGCCAGGCUGGUCUUGACCCGGUUACUAACUACAUGGACUACUCUGAUGACUCUUGCUUCACUGGCUUCACCACUGGCCAGCAGACUCGCAUCUACAGCUACUGGAACUCGUACCGUGCUGGCAAAUAA